AUGCGUUUCAACACUGCGCUCACUUCGGCUCUGGUCUCCUCCGCCAGUCUCAUGGGCUAUGCCCAUGCAGAGGAGGAGGUUGCCGAUGCCACCGUCAUUGAGAAGCCUGCCUUCACUCCUACCACCCUCAAGGCUCCUUUCCUUGAGCAAUUCACCGACGACUGGCAGGCGCGGUGGAAGCCUUCGACCGCGAAGAAGGACGACACCAAGUCCGAUGACGAAUGGGCCUACGUUGGUGAAUGGGCCGUUGAAGAGCCCACUGUCCUCAAGGGUAUCGAUGGCGACAAGGGUCUGGUCGUGAAGAACGCUGCCGCUCACCACGCCAUCUCCGCCAAAUUUCCCAAGAAGAUUGACAACAAGGGCAAGACCUUGGUGGUUCAGUACGAAGUGAAGCCGCAAAACUCCCUCGUUUGCGGUGGUGCCUACCUGAAGCUCCUCCAGGAGAACAAGAAGCUCCACCAGGAGGAGUUCUCCAACGGCACUCCCUAUGUCAUCAUGUUCGGUCCCGAUAAGUGUGGAGCCACCAACAAGGUUCACUUUAUCUUCCGCCACAAGAACCCCAAGACCGGCGAGUACGAGGAGAAGCACCUCAAGACUCCCCCGUGGCCCGUCACCUCCCUCUACACCCUGAUCGUCAAGCCCGAUCAGACCUUCGAGAUCCUCAUCAACGGCGAGUCCGCCAAGGCCGGCAGCCUCCUCGAGGACUUCAACCCUCCCGUCAACCCCGAGAAGGAGAUUGACGACCCCAAGGACUCCAAGCCCGCCGACUGGGUUGACGAGAUCCAGAUCGCUGACCCCGAGGCCACCAAGCCUGCCGACUGGGACGAGGAUGCCCCCUUCGAGAUUGUCGACGAGACCGCCACUCAGCCCGCCGAUUGGUUGGAGGAUGAGGCCACCAGCAUUCCUGACCCCGAGGCCGAGAAGCCCGAGGACUGGGAUGACGAGGAGGAUGGAGACUGGCUCGCCCCUACCGUUCCUAACCCCAAGUGUGCUGAUGUCUCCGGCUGUGGUCCCUGGACCCGCCCUCUGACCAAGAACCCCGAGUACAAGGGCAAGUGGGAAGCUCCCCUCAUUGACAACCCUGCCUACAAGGGCAUCUGGGCCCCCCGUAAGAUCAAGAACCCCGCCUUCUUCGAAGACAAGACCCCCUCCAACCUUGAGCCCAUGGGAGCCAUUGGCUUCGAGAUCUGGACCAUGCAGAGUGAUAUUCUGUUCGACAACGUCUACAUUGGUCACUCCGUUGAGGAUGCUGAGAAGCUCCGCCAGGAGACCUUUGAUGUCAAGUUCCCCAUCGAAGAGGCCGAGGAGGAGGCCACUAAGCCCAAGCCCGAGGUCAAGGAGGACGGCACCACCACCACCUUCCAGGAAGACCCCGUUACCUUCGUCCGCCAGAAGGUCAACCACUUCGUUGAGCUGGCCAAGGAGGACCCCGUCCACGCUGUCAAGGCUCUUCCCGAAGUUGCUGGUGGUCUCGGUGCCCUUCUGCUGACCAUGAUCCUCAUCGUGGUUGGUGCCAUCGGUGCCAGCAGCCCCGCCCCCACUGAGAAGAAGGGCAAGGCCCCUGCCAAUGCGCCCAAGGAGAAGAAGGAUGAGGCUGUCAGCUCCUCUACCGAGACCAGCAAGGGCGGCGCCACUAAGCGCAACACCCGAUCCUCCGCGGAGUAA